AUGUUAUUACUUACAUUAUUUUUAGCUUAUUUUCAACCAAUGGAGCCAAGUUAUUAUGGUCAAUGUUCGUAUACUGGUGAUCCUCAUCUAGUUCCGUUUCCAUCAAAGUAUGGAGGAGUGCAAACUACAUAUUGGUGUCAAACAACGGGCUGGGAAUUGCUCAUCAAUAAUAGUGUCGUUUCGAUUUCUGUUCUUGUUGGACCGAACCCUUAUCUUAUUACUGAGUACGUUUUGACUUUCUAUGGCUACCCCCGUUGCGUGAUUAAAAGUAGUAAUAAAGCUCCACCAGUGUGUGCUAAUACUACAUUGGUCACAUCAGUGACGUUAUCAGAAGGUUCAUCGUGGAGUCAUUUCCACAAGACAGAAUCUAUUAUAGUGCACAUCGAAAAAAUAGGUUCAUAUCACAAUAUUUAUAUCUAUCAAUCAUUUUUAUUGAUCGAUGCAUCGGCUGGUCUAUGUCGAAAAUGGAAGUGUCCAACUCAGUACACGUCUUCACCGAUAGCUGUCAUUCCUGUACUAUGCGAUCUUUUUAUUGAUGCUGCUAAAAAACGAGCCAUGGGUGCUAUCGACCCAAAUGUAAUUACCGUGGCUCGUACAACGUGCGUCGCUGAUAUGCAGUCGUCUCUUGAUGCAACAAUCGCUCUUGCAGGUCUUUCCAUGGUUCUUCAUAAUAGUGCAAAAUCACAGCUUGACUGUGAUGAUCAAACUGCACUCUUUCAACAAGUUCACGCAUUGAAACACGAUGCUAUUGUGACUGUAGCCCGUCGCGCGAACGGAUUGAUGAGCAAUACGACAGAACUUUGUAAUGAAAAAAACCAAUGCCUAGGAUCAGUCAAUAACAUUAACUUCUAA